AUGUGCAGACUGGCACGGACAACGAAGAUGAUGCAAAACUUUGACAGGCCGUGGAGGGAGCUGGACGCGCGCUCCAAAGCCUAUUCGAACACUCUUCUCUUGCCAAAGACCUCGUUUCCGCUGUGGGCAGACUUGGCAAAGUCCGAGUUGCUAUUUAAAAAGAAGACUUGCGAAGAGCUGUAUCGACGGCAGGCUCAGAAUGUGCACCGACCACUCUUCGUUCUCCUCGACGGCCCUCCUUACGCGAACGGUCAUCUUCACAUAGGACAUGCUUUAAAUAAAAUCAUAAAGGAUAUCAUCAACAGGUACCAAGUCUUGACAGGUCAUCAAGUGCGUUACUACCCCGGCUGGGACUGCCAUGGUUUACCAAUCGAAAAUAAGGCUCUACAUGAGUUAAAGGCGCGUAGUUCUUCCCUCAUAGCUGUAAAGACGCUCUCUCGUUACCCCCCCAACGUCAUACGCGCGGCAGCCAGAGCAACGGCGGAGCGCGAAAUGAAGACGCAGCAAAAGGAAUUCGAGCAGUUCUGUAUAAUGGCCGAUUGGAGCCCCCAAACAACCUUCCGCACGCUUGACCAUGACUACGAGAUUCGUCAGCUUCAGGUAUUUCAACGAAUGGUCGAGCGAGGUCUUAUUUACCGGCACUACCGACCAGUUCAUUACUCUCCCUCGUCGCAUUCGGCUCUCGCGGAAGCGGAGCUCGUCUAUAACGACGAACAUGUCUCGCAUUCAGCCUAUGUGACAUUUCCGCUGGACUCACGGACUGCAAUCGCGAGCACAGCUCUCCGAGAAGUCUUAGCCAAGGAGCCUUCGGCAAGUUUGCUAGUAUGGACCACUACGCCUUGGACUCUGACAGCAAACAUGGAGGACACUCUCGUUGUUGCCAAAGAUCGUCUUGUCGCGCUGGAGCACAUCAUCGGACCCCACGAAGUUAUUGCUGAAAUGAGGGGCGCAGACCUGGUGGGCGCGCAAUUUCGCUCCGUCUUCGCUCCGCUCCACUUGUCUGGCUCCCUGAGCGCAAAGAUCAUUGCGGCAUCUCAUGUCACAUCAGAGUCUGGAUCUGGUCUGGUGCACUGUGCCCCUGCACAUGGCGCAGAAGAUUACCUGGCAUUUCGAGCGCUAGGUCUUCUGCAAGGACCCACGGAGAUUGUUUGUCACGUCGACGAUGCUGGCAAAUUUUCUCCUGAUGUUGCUCAUGUCGUAGGCGAAGAAGCUGCGCAAACACUAGUGGGACAAGAGGUACUCAAGGGUGGAAACAAGGCUAUCGUCAAACUACUGGAGUCCACUGGGUCCCUUGUGAAGGUGCAGAGGAUCAAGCAUCGCUACCCGUAUGAUUGGAAGACUGGUGAACCCAUCAUUGUAACGGCCACCUCGCAAUGGUUUGCCAACCUGGACGGUAUCAAGGAUGAUGCACUUCACGCGCUGAAGGAUGUACAGUUCUAUCCGCCUUCAUCUCGCAAUCGACUGGAGUCAUUCGUUCGUUCGCGUUCCGAGUGGUGCAUUUCUCGCCAGCGAGUGUGGGGUGUCCCGAUCCCGGCUCUAUACCACACCCCAACGGAUACCGCCGUCCUCUCAUCCGAAUCCCUCACUCACAUCUUACGUGUUUUGUCUGAGCGAGGCGUGACUCAUUGGUGGGAAGGUCCAGUCGAAGACUUCCUUACCCCCGAGCUACUCGCCCAAUUCGAAGGUGGUCCUGAGGCCUGGCGCAAAGGCACGGACACGAUGGACGUCUGGUUUGAUAGCGGGUCAAAUUGGAGUACACUAAGCGCCCCCACAGGCGGGAGAAAACAUCGGGCGGACGUAUGUCUUGAGGGCACAGACCAGCAUCGCGGGUGGUUCCAGAGCCAGUUGUUAACCUCAGUGGGCGUUAGCUCCGGACAAAGCGCUGCAAGGCCGGUGAGCCCAUACGGAACACUGAUUACGCAUGGUAUGGUACUUGAUGAGGCGGGCAAGAAGAUGAGUAAAUCCCUCGGAAACAUUGUCAGCCCGAUGACCAUCAUCCAUGGUGGGAAGGAUAAGAAGAAAGAACCUGCGUACGGUGCCGAUGUCCUCCGCUUAUGGGUGGCAACUGUCGAGUACUGGCGAGAUAUGUCCAUUGGACCCACAGUUCUUGCACAGUGUGCGGAAUCUAUGAGGAAGAUCCGUAAUUCUGCUCGAUUUAUUCUUGGAAAUAUUGGUACAACUGCUCAACGAAAGCACUUUGUUCCGGUUGAACGCAGCGAACUGGGCUUGGCGGAGCGCUUUGUGAUGAACGAACUUUACAAGCUUGAUCAAACUGCUGCAGAGGGGUAUGCAAACUACAAUUUCCCGAAAGUCAUGAAUUCCUUGACCAACUUUGCAAACGUCACGUUGUCAUCGCUCUACUUUGACAUCACGAAGGACUGCCUCUAUGCCAAUGACAUUCAAAGUGUUGAGAGACGGGCGGUUGUGACUACCCUUGCCAAAGUCCUCGACUCUAUGACCUCCGUAAUGGCCCCAGUGCUCCCUUAUCUUGCAGAGGAAAUCCACAGUACUCUCCAUGAAGGUGAUGAAGUUGUGUCCCAGUUAUCCGUCUUUGUGAAGAAGUGGACUCCUGUCAGCGCCGAGUGGAAUGAUCCGCGUGCCGAACAGGACAUGACUAGUUUACUGAGGAUGCGCAGCGUUGUGCUAUCUCUUUUGGAAAAGGCUCGAGGGGACAAGCAUCUGAAGAGCUCUCUCGAAGCCGAAGUCGAUAUUAUCUUGCCCAACGAUAUAUCCGUACGACCGUAUUUGCUACAGCUGAUUGAACGCGAAGAGACCUUCCUGAAGACGCUUUUCAUCGUUUCUGAUGCCAACAUAACGGACGAGGGCUCUCUCGGCACUAGUUCAUUCUCGUGGUCCUAUGUCUCUUCAAUGGAUAUACCCGACUCGGACUUGGAGCUGGCGAUUCGCGUUAGACCUGCAUCCUUGAGUAAGUGCCCACGGUGCUGGACGUAUACUCGUGAAGAGGAGCAUGAUGUAUGUCCCCGCUGUGAGGAUGUUGUUCGACAUGCGGAUUAG